UAUUCACACAGAAACUCUUUGCCUCAAAAUACUUCCACACCGACAGAAGUCAUAGCACCCAAGAGCUGCAGACACUCUGCAUUUUGGAUAUCAGUAACAUGAACAAAAUAAAAGACUCCAUGAUGCCAUAUUUGGAUUUAAUAGUAAAAAAUACCAUUUUCACUGAAGGGUAGUUAAGCAUUGGAAUAGGCUGCCCAGGGAAGCGGUGGAAUCACCAUUCAGGAGCUGUUCAAAAGACCUGGAGAUGUGGCAUUUGGUGGCAGGGUUUAGUGGUGGCAUAGACACUGCAGAUUUGAUGUUUGGACUUCGUGAUCUUCGAGAUCUUUUCCGGCCUGAAGGAUUCUGUGAUUCUAUAUCGAGGAAAUAUAGAGCACCUCGGCAACAACUGCUCUGCUCUCACAGAGAAAUCAGGUUGUAAACAAUGUCUUUGAAAGGCAGAAUGUUGUAAAGAAAACGUUUUCAUUCAAAAACGUAGGAGAAAGAGAUCAGCAGAAUCUGCUCAGCACUCCUGCAACUCCUGUACUUCAAUUUCAGAGAGGCGCUAAACCGAACCGUUUAUGCUGCGCUUGAAAGCCCCUUGAAUCUUCCGGAGUUUAGGCAAUUGAUUAAUUUUUUCACAUUUAAAUAACAACGAGCCGAAUCGCUAGGGAACACGAGCGUAUGCGCUGCGGGCUCCUGCGCGCCCAGCGCCGCCAUGGCUGAGGCAGCCAGCCCCGGGAAAGCCAUGGAGGAGACGCUCGGCCCCCGUCAGAGGCGGCGCCGCGCCCGGGCUCUCCGCCUCGCCCGAGCUGCUCUGGGCGGGCACGGCUGGCAGCUCCCCAGAGAGCCGCGCCUUUGGCUCAAAGCGUUUUAAGGCGGCAUUAGCGGCAGGGAGCGGCGCUGGGGGGAACACGGGCCGCCAAGGGGGCUUGGGGCUGUGAGGGAAGCAGACGUGGUGCUCCGGAAAGCGCCGCGCCGGGGCCGACCCACCUCGGGCAGGAAGCCCUGCCUCCAGCCCCGCCGCGGCUCGGCGGCCCGCUCGCUGCCCUCCUCCCGUUUCUGCCCCGGAGUGUCAGGGCGGACUGUGAGGGACAGUGAGUUGGGGCUGAGAGAGGAGCUUCUCUACAGUGAAGCGCCGCCAUCUUGUAGUACGGACGAAGAGCUGUGGCGGGCGCCAUUUUGCACUUGGCCGAGAGAUGAGAAGCGCCUUAUUGCAUUUCCCCUCCUGGGCGCCGCCAUUUUAGGUUACGGCAUCGCCUCCGCCUUCCCAAGCGCAAUCUCAUUGGGCGCCGCCAUUUUGGCUUACGAACAAGACGGCGACCCGCAGGGGUCCUCACCCCCUCCCUUCCUCCCUUUAGGUGCCUUCAUAAAAUGCCCGUCGAGAAUCCCCUCUUUUUUCGCUCCGCUCCCAAGAUGGCGUCGAUGCGGGAGAGCGACACCGGCCUGUGGCUGCACAACAAACUGGGCUCCACGGACGAGCUGUGGGCGCCGCCGAGCAUCGCCUCGCUGCUCACGGCCUCGGUCAUCGACAACAUCCGUCUCUGUUUCCACGGCCUUUCCUCGGCCGUCAAGCUCAAGCUGCUCCUGGGGAUGCUGCACCUGCCCCGCCGGGCGGUGGAUGAGAUGAAAGGGGCACUGACUGAAAUUAUCCAGCUCGCUACCUUGGAUUCAGACCCCUGGGUCUUAAUGGUAGCUGAUAUUUUAAAAUCCUUUCCAGAUACUGGCUCCCUUAACCUUGAUCUUGAAGAACAGAAUCCCAAUGUUCAAGAUAUUUUAGGAGAGCUUAGAGAGAAAGUAAGUGAAUGUGAAACUUCAGCUAUGUUGCCGUUGGAAUGCCAAUACUUAAACAAAAAUGCCUUGACAACACUAGCUGGGCCACUUACUCCCCCAGUGAAACAUUUCCAGCUGAAAAGGAAACCUAAAAGUGCCACUCUCAGAGCUGAACUCUUGCAGAAGUCAACAGAAACUGCGCAGCAGCUCAAGAAGACUGCAGGAGUGCCUUUCCAUGCCAAAGGCAGGGGACUGGUCAAGAAGAUAGAUACAACAACACCACUCAAAGGGAUACCAAAACAAGCUCCCUUCAGGAGUACUUCAGCUCCCAGUGUUUUUAGUCCUUCUGGAAACAGAACUCCUAUUCCUCCUUCCAGAACACCUUUGCGCAAAGAAAGAGGAGUAAAGCUUUUAGAUAUCUCUGAGCUGGAUAUGGUAGGUGCUGGCCGUGAAGCAAAGAGAAGAAGAAAGACAUUAGAUACGGAAGUUGUGGAAAAGCAAGCCAAAGAAGAAACAGUAGUAGAAAAUGCUACCCCAGAUUAUGCUGCUGGCCUUGUGUCUACACAGAAACUUGGCUCGUUGAACAAUGAGCCUGCACUACCUUCUACAAGUUAUUUACCUGCUACCCCCAGUGUGGUGCCGUCUUCCUCCUAUAUCCCAAGCUCUGAAACACAGCCAGCUGGCUCUGCACGAGAGGCCUUGCAGGCCAACAGACAGACAGAAGAGCCUGCAGCUCCAAAUGCUACUACAACUCUUCCUGCACAGUUCAAACAAAGAACACCCAUGUACAACAGCAACUCUAAUCCCCCUGCAGCUACACCUACCUCACCCCUGACACCCACCACACCUCCUGCCAUCUCCCCUGCGGCACAGGCACCACAAGUGGCCCCCCAAACUCAGCAACAGCCACCACCGAAGAAAAGCCUCUCUCUCACAAGGGAGCAAAUGUAUGCUGCACAGGAAAUGUUCAAGACUGCAAACAAAGUUACAAGGCCAGAAAAGGCUCUUAUACUUGGAUUCAUGGCAGGAUCCAGAGAGAAUCCUUGCCAAGAGCAAGGUGACAUCAUCCAAAUUAAACUUAGUGAACACACAGAAGAUUUACCAAAGGCAGAUGGCACGGGCAGCACCACUAUGUUGGUUGACACAGUCUUUGAAAUGAACUAUGCUACUGGUGAAUGGACCAGAUUCAAGAAGUACAAACCUAUAACUAAUGUUUCCUAAGAGAUGCAGCAGCAGCAGACUGGACCAAAUCAAGUUUAGAGUCAACCAGCUCAUAGAGUAUGUCAACUGUACAAAAUGGCAUUCAUGUGUACAUUUCUUAUUACCCUCCAGAGUAGAAGCUGUGCUCUUCAACCAAACUGAGCUCAGUGAACACUGAAGUGUUUGAUGGUGUCAAACUCAAUUAAUUUUUUUAUUAAUCUUGGGAGAGGGAAAGAUGAUCUUGGGGGAGGGGGUGAGACAUUGUUGGUGUGUUUUUGUUCAGGAUGCUGAAAAAGGAGAUCACAGCUGAAAGGUUACAGAUGGGAGCAGUUUACUGCAAAGUACCAGAAGAGAAGACUACUGCGCAGUCACUCACGGUUUACUGUUAACUGAGGGCACAGAUCUUUAUUAUAAAAACAUUUUCUUUGGCAACAUAA